AUAUAUAUAAAAAGAAGCAUGUUUUCAAUCAAAAAGGUACUACUAGAAGAAGCCCACCCAGACAAAGGAAGACCUCCGAGGGCUACCCUGCAAGAUCCCCUGCCCUUGGACUCCGGCUCCGACUCCGGCCCGGCGGCGUGCUUCUCCCCCGCUCCGCCUCAAAUCUCCGCCCCGUCCGGGGGCGCCGACGACCGUGCGCUCGUCUCCCUCCUCCCUCGACCAAGGCAGGGUUUCUUCCUGCCAGUAGCCAUGUUGGAAAAGAUCGGGCUGCCGCCCAAGCCGUCGAUGCGAGGGGCGACCUGGGUGCUGGAUGCCUCCAACUGCCAGGGCUGUGCCGCCCAGUUCUCCUUGUUCACACGGAAGCAUCAUUGCCAAAGAUGUGGAGGCCUCUUCUGCAGCAGUUGCACCCAGCAGAGGAUGGUGUUACGUGGACAGGGUGACUCACCUGUUCGAAUUUGUGAUCCUUGCAAAAAACUCGAGGAAGCAGCACGCUAUGAGUUGAGAUAUGGACACAAAAAUAGAGCCGGAAAAGCUAACACAAAAACAGCUUCUAAACCAGAGGAUGAAAUACUUAGUGAACUUCUUGGAGGUGAUAGUGUGCACGGUCAGCUUUCUCGUAGGGAAUCUCUGGGUUCUGAGGUUCCUGGGAGAACCGUAAGCACUGCCAGUGCAUCCAGUUCUGGUUCCAGAAAAGCCAGUAUGGAUGGGAAUGGUGAUGGAAGCCUUUCCACUGAAGCACAAAAUUAUGAACUCAACAACAAUGCAUCCAUUUUUACUCCGGAAGAACUGCGUCAACAAGCAGUAGAGGAGAAGGGAAAGUACAAAAUACUGAAGUCAGAAGGAAAACCUGAGGAAGCACUGCGGGCGUUCAAGCAUGGUAAAGAGCUUGAGAGGCAAGCCGCAGCACUUGAAUUAGAAUUGAGAAAGAGCAGGAGAAUGGCGACAAAAGCUCCCAAUGUUAGUGCCGUUGUUGGUUCCCAGAAAAUUGAGGAUUAUGAUGACGCUGUAACAAAAAAGGCUCCAAGUGGGAAAAGGGUUAGAAAAGAAAAGAAUGAUCUUGCUUCUGAACUCAAAGAUCUAGGCUGGUCAGAUGCAGAUCUUCAUGAUGAAACAAGGCCAACUACUAUGAGUGUUGAAGGAGAGCUGUCACAGAUUCUUAGAGAAGUAGCACCAAAGACAUCAGAGAGCAAGAAAGCUGGUGGUAUUGACAAAUCCCAGGUUAAUGCUCUUAAGAGACAGGCCCUAGUGCUGAAGCGUGAAGGUAAACUUGCCGAAGCAAAGGAAGAGCUGAAGAAGGCUAAAAUUUUGGAAAGACAACUGGAAGAACAGGAGAUUCUGGGCGAAGCAGAAGAGUCUGAUGAUGACUUGGCUGCAAUUAUUCAUAACAUGGAUGAUGAUAACCAGGAUGACAUAUUAUACGACAAUUCAAGACUACCUGCUAUCAAUUUCGAACAAAUACUGGCUGUCUCUGAUGAUCUUAACUUUGAUGGGAAUUUCGAUGUUACAGACGAUGACAUCAAUGACCCAGCUAUGGCUGCUGCCCUAAAAUCAUUUGGUUGGAGUGAAGAUGAUGACAACCAAAUGGACAGCCAUGCACCUGUUUCUUCUUUGAAUCGAGAGGCAGUAAAGGAACAAGUGCUUGCUCUGAAAAGAGAGGCUGUUUCUCACAAGAAGGCUGGUAAUGUUGCAGAGGCCAUGUCAUUGCUUAAAAAGGCAAAGCUACUUGAGAAGGAUUUGGAAACUGAACAGCCAGAGUCGGAGGUCCCUUUUUCAGGACAGAAAAUUACACACACUGAAGAUAUCACAGCCACAGAGAUUAACACGCGUCG